AUGGCUUCUCCAGGGGGAGGUUGGUGUUUAAUCGAAAGUGACCCCGGGGUCUUCUGCUCCUUAGUAGAGAGGAUUGGUGUUAAGGGAGUCUCCUUUUCUGAGGUGUACGGACUCGAUGAGGGAUCCUUUGAGUCUCUGGAGGCUCCAGAAACAAACAGAAAGAUCUUGGGGUUUGUUUUCCUCUUCAACUGGACCAAGGACAACAAAAGGCACGGGGAGGAUUCCAGAGAGCCCAUAGAUUCCACGGAUGAGGAAGCACCUUUCUUCGCAACGCAGGGCCCCUUGUGCGUGGGGGAGUGCGAGAGCUCCGACUGGAAGGAAGUUGUCCGCAAGGAAAUACUCAGGAGAGUAGAAGAGAUUCAGGCUCGGGGAGAGGAGUUGCGGUUCAACUUAUUGGCUGUCACCACAAAUCCGCUGGAUAACAUCAACAAGGCACUAAAAGAGGCGCAACGGACUGCGGAGCUAGCUGCUGCAAAACAGUCUGGAGAGCCCCUUGAGGAAGGCGAAAGUAACUGCCUUCCCUCCGAUCCUAAGGAGCUCGAGCAGGAAUGGGAACGGGAAAAUGCCCGACGGUGUCAUGACUUUACACCCUUCGUCUUGUGCGCUCUCCGCCACCUCGCAAAGAAGGGCGAGUUGCUCAAGGCGGUGCACCGCGCAACAGAAGCCGCAGCUGCAGAAGAAGCAGCAGCAGCGCAAACAGCGAGACGUGGAAAAACAUCCAAAGGAGGAAAUGCGGCGAGACGAGGAGCGCAGGAGGCCGCGCGAGGAGGGGAGACUGCGAGAGGAUGGGAGACUGCGAGAGGAGGGAAGAUCACGUGA